AUGUCGUUAUCACAAUUUUUGAAGAAUUUAACGCAGUCUUUAGCUAAUGAUGAAUCUAAUGUCGUCAAUAUUCCUAAAAGUCUACCCUUCUCUGCAUUUGCCAAAGCUUUUCUCUCCUUUAUAUUCUUAAAAUUCUUUACGAAAUAUCCUGAUAUUAACAUAGAGAGCUCAUUUGUUGAUUUCUUUUUUGUUUCAAAUGCCUUUGUUUCAAGUAGUUUGUUUUCUUCUAAUAAUUCAAUUUGCUUUACUAAGUCACCUAAAUCGAAAACUUCUCGAGCGGAUUCAGUUUUGGACAAAUAG